UGCGCCGAGGUUCAGCAGGGCUCGAGUCUUACAGCAGCGACGGAGCGUCGGCUCAGUCAGAUGGAGGUUUUGAUAGAGGAAGUGCUCUUUUUCCUAUCGCCUUUCCUGCCCUGUGUCGAUAACAAACCUCGAAUGAGUGACCCGACCAACUCGAUUGCACCAAUUUAAUCCAGAACACACAAAACGAGCUUCAUUUCAAGCGAUGGCGAAUUUGCUGCGUCUGCUGCUGAGCGUGGCUGAAAAAGCCGCCAACGUGGCGCGGGUGUGCAGGCAGGAGGCGCCGUUGUUCGAGUUGCUGGUGCAGGAGAAAACCGGCGCCGACAAGAACAAAAAGUUCAUCCAGGACUUCAAGACGCUUGCCGACGUCGUGAUACAGGAAAUGAUCCGACACGACGUCUGUGCACAGUUUCCAGAGUUGAAUGGCUUCAUUUACGGGGAGGAAUCCAACAAGUUUGAGAACGGACUCGGAGAGAGCGUGACCGUUACUGUAUGCACUAAACAAGAGGACACGACGGCUUUACUGGCCAAAGUGCUGGACGGAGAUGGAACAGCCGCGUCGCUCCUGGCCGAAGCCAUCCAUCAGAAGCUGCAGCUACGAGACAAACUUGCCGAAAAGCUGCAGCUCCCUCUCAAACCAGAGGACUUGGCCAUCUGGAUCGACCCCAUUGACGGUACCAGUCAGUAUAUUCAGGGGAAGGAGCGGGAGGUAGCAGACGACGAGUUUUGCUCCUCAGGUCUUCCCUGUGCACUUGUUCUUAUCGGCGUUUACCUGCGUGCAACUGGAGAACCCGUGAUGGGGGUCAUCAAUCAGCCGUUUACACGCAAAGACCCAACCAGCAAGAGAUGGCAGGGUCGGUACUUCUGGGGAGUUUCUUAUGAAGAGAUCAACAUAUGCUCUUUCACGCCAUGUCAGCGGCCCGUGGGGAAAAACCCAGACUCCCUCUCGGUGGUCCUGAGCUCCAGUGAGAAGCAGGAAGUGAAAGAUGCUUUAUCCCCGCUCUGCGACGGCCAGCUGACCUACGCCUCAGGGGCGGGGUAUAAAAUCCUGUGUGUCAUUCAGGGCUUGGUGGAUAUGUACGUACUCUCAGAGGGCAGCACCUAUAAGUGGGACUCGUGCGCCCCUCAUGCUAUACUGCGUGCCUUCGGAGGGGGGAUCUGUGACCUCAGCCAGUGCCUUUCUGCUGUCAGGAACGGCAAAAAGGACCUCAGGGCGGAACUGACCUAUAAUAACCCCUGCGCUGGGUGUCAGGGGGUUGAGCAGUGGGCAAACCAGGGGGGUUUAGUGGCGUAUUUGGACUCUGCAGUUCUGGCCAGAGUGGUUGAGGCACUUGCUGACAAAAUAUGAUUUUUUGUUGUUGUUUUGUUAGGAUGUUUAUAUUAGGGGCAAACUGGUUUUAUAUCCUUUACAUUUUGUUGAUAUAUUUAUGCCGUUAUAGAUUUUUUUUUAUAUAUAUAGAUUGUUGGACAUGUGAUGAUAAUCAUGUACAUUAUUGAAAAAAUUCUGGAUUAGGCUGACUAUGUAGGCGACCUUUUCAGGUUGCAUGAGCUGUAAGAGCUGAGUCUCUUGUCGAAAAGCUUGCAUCUGUGCUUGCAAGCAAAAUCUCACGUGCAUGGGGUGCUAAAACUUGUGACAUUACGGCAAAGCCUUCUUCGAAAUCAAUUAUAGCUAAAGACGAACCGCGGAUGCGAUAUCGUGAAAACAUAAGCUGAAAGGAAAUAUUGCGAUGUCACAUGACUACAAUGAUGUGUAUCCAUUUCUUUUACAUAAUGUACAAGGCUGCUGGUUUCUGCAAUGUGUAUAGAAAUCUAUAUAUCGAAACUUUUUUUUUUUCUUAUUGAGAUGUGUUGUUUAUUUCAAAACCGCAGAGGACCUGUGUAGUUAUUAUAUUUACGUCUAUUUUACUUUAUUAUGUUUACGGUUGCUGUUCAUCAAACUAGCGCCAUCAAAUAUCAUUCUGUUAUAAAUAUUAAAGAUAUAUAUUACUGGGUAAGUUGAA